AAUUAUAAGUGAGAUAUAUUUAUUAAUCUACUCAAAAUCUUAAACGCCGUUAAAUAUUUGAUCUAACAAACCUAUAAAUUAUCAAUAAAUUAUAUUGUUAUUUAUUAACUUAUUAACUACUAGUUGAACUGACUCACUAACCACGUUGUAUAAAGAAGCGGUGGAAGAAAAACAUAAAGAAGCGGAUUAACGGUGACCUACAGUUGGGCCGGGCCAACAGGCCCAUUUAGUAAAAAGACUUUACUAGGGAAGACUUUACCAAAAGCGGCCCAAUUUCUUCACCGUGUUGAUAAUUCUUGUGCUGCGAAAGGUUUGCUUAACGAAGGAAACGAAGACGACGAACGAACGAUCAUCCUUGUUGGGACAUUUGCAGAGCUUCGUGAAAAGCCAGAAAGUCGGUCAGAUUUCCAUUUCAGCCGGGAAGUUUUCUCCUCUCUGUUCGCCGUCGGGAACCUCAUCCACCGAAAUCCAUGUCGAAUCUCUAUAGAGGGGUAUCGAGGAAGGAUAAGCCGAGAUCCCGUCAUCAUGGUGGGUUAACCCAGCAGAAGAAGCAAGAAAUCAAGGAAGCAUUUGAUCUAUUUGACACUGAUGGCUCAGGGACUAUUGAUGCUAAGGAGCUGAACGUUGCCAUGAGGGCACUCGGCUUCGAAAUGACAGAAGAGCAAAUCAAUCAAAUGAUUGCAGACGUGGACAAGGAUGGCAGUGGCUCAAUCGACUUCGAUGAAUUCGUGCACAUGAUGACGGCCAAAAUUGGAGAAAGGGAUACUAAAGAAGAACUCAUGAAAGCAUUCCGCAUCAUUGACAAUGAUAAAAAUGGGAAGAUAUCGGCCGAUGACAUUAAGCGAAUAGCAAAAGAACUUGGUGAGAGCUUCACCGACAGAGAGAUCCAAGAGAUGGUUGAUGAAGCUGACAGAGAUCGGGAUGGAGAAGUGAACAUUGAGGAAUUCCUGAGGAUGAUGAGAAGAACAUCGUACCACUACUGAUGCUUCCGACGAUGAAUUUAUGCUUUUGCUCUUUAAUCAUUUUCCUGUUGCACUAUAUACAUGUGUUUGUACAAACCGGAUAUAACAUCGACAUAUCUUAUGUAAGAGAUCUAUGGGCUCUACUCUAUCUAAGCUUCUUCAAGCUGUUGACACUACUACAUAAUGUAUUUCUGAGUUUUAUGCGUCAUUCAGUUCAGAGAUCUGUGGAUGUUUUGAGAAGUUUAUGAUUAGCACAUCAAUUUCUCUUACGUUCUUUGAAAAAAAAUAAAAAAAAUCUGCGUUU